AUGGCAAAAGUCCAAAGGAAUGAAAGUAUUGAGCCAGGGAAUGGACACGUAAGUGACACAGAGAGAAAUGUUUGGACCAUCAGUGAUGUGAAUCGAGUGGAGAAGAUCUACACUUAUAAUGAGGCGCUAGAGUUGGCAGGUCAUGGUCGGUACAACAUUGGACUUCUAUUUACCCUGAUUCUGGGUAUUCACUCUUUGGCACUGGAAAUUUUUGGAUUUUCCAUUGUGGUAAGCGGAGCAACUUGUGACUUCAAGUUGCACCAAAGUCAGAAGAGUAUAUUGCUUGCCAUGCCGUAUUUCGGGUCUAUUUUCAUGUCUUACCCGUGGGGGUACAUCGCCGAUACACAAGGCAGGAAGAAAAGUCUCGUCAUUGCUCUGUUCGGCACUUUUGUAGCAGCUGUCGUUAGUGCUUUCUCUGUCAACUGGGUUAUGCUGGCCGUAUUAAAGUUUAUAAGUUCAAGCUUCUCCAGCGGAAUCCAGUCCCCGGCUUACACAUUAGUGGGCGAAUCAUGUGGUAAGCGAUACAAGAACCGAUAUAUGGUGAUCCUCACCAGUGCGCUUAUGUCCAGUUUCUGUAUUUACAUGGUGUACGGGUACUUCGUUUUAAGUUUGACCUUUUCUUUCGACAUGGGUCUCAUCACAUUCACGCCCUGGCGACUUUUGACCCUGAUCAUAGCAUCCCCCCUUGCUGCUACACUAAUGUUUGUGAGUUUUUUGCACGAAAGCCCCAAAUAUUUAUUGAACGCUGGAUAUCAUGAUAAGGCUUUAAGCAUUCUGAAAAAAAUACACAAAACAAAUGGAAGGUGCAACGAUGAAUAUCCCGUGAAGAAAAUAGUCAUAAACGAGACGGGCGCAACACUAAGGAAAGCGAACGAGUCUCUACUGAAGUCUCUAAAGGAUCAGACCGUACCACUAUUCAAGCCGCCCAUGCUCUACCGAACUCUACAACUUUUUUAUUUGACUGUGGUUGUCUACAGUCCGAGCAAUGGAUUAAUGAGUUGGCUGCCAUUCCUGGCCCAAUUAUUUUCAAAGGACUUGGCGUACUCAGGUGGUAGCAACGAAACUCAGGGUCUUUGCAGCAUGAUUGAUACGUCACAGAGUGUUCAAACGGUUGUUGGUGGGGAGAGUUGUCAAUCAUCUGUAAACAUCGAAAGCGUAUGGAUAGGCCUGAUCCAAGGAGUAUUCUUCACCACGGCAUGUCUUGGCAUGUCCAUAUUUGCUAACAGGAAGAGAAUGUUACUAAUUGUAAUAUUUAUUAUCUCCGGCGGGAGCGGCCUCAUCUGCGUCAACGUGACCGACAAGAUAUCCAGCAUCAUUUUCUUCUUCGGAAUGAUAUUAGAUUGUCUUGGUAUCGCAAUAGUGUUUUCUUACUUCGUCGAUCUUUAUCCCACUUCUUAUCGGGGUAUGGCGUCAUGCCUAGGAGUGAUGGUUGCCCGUGCCGCUGCUGUUGCCGGCGUCAGUUUGAUCGGGGAAUACAUGUUUUCGCAAUGCACCGUGUCCAUUUACGUGUGGAGUAUCUUUAUCUUGAGCGGAAUUGUUGCGUCAAUCUACCUUCCGCCAGACAAGACGGGAAAAGAAUAA